CGGUGACCCAGCAGGAGUAUGAAGGUGACUGUGCCUUUAAGAAGCAGUCCAGGCAAUACAAGUUGGUUUUAUUCCUCGGCGCACCUUCUGCUCCAUCACCAGACGAUGCACCCCGGCAACUUCUAACAGCACCGGACCUGCAGCACAGAUGAGAGACCCUGAACAACAACGGUCAGCUUCAUAGACAGGUAAUGGAUCCAGUGUGACUGUUUCAACACCAUCCUGCCCAGCUGGCCUGUCUAACUCUGUAGCUAUGGCAACUUGUCCGAGAGGCUGCACCCCAGCGGUGCGCCUUUGUCAGAGACUGAACCGACUCAAGACACUGGAUGAUGACAUGAUGGCCACGUCGCUGAAACGCUGCCUCUCCACUCUGGACCUGACUCUGUUGGGAGUUGGUGGCAUGGUGGGCUCUGGGCUUUAUGUCCUGACAGGAACCGUAGCUAAAGACAUGGUUGGGCCUGCUGUCAUCAUAUCCUUCAUUUUUGCAGGUAUUGCAUCUCUACUGGCUGCCUUUUGUUAUGCAGAGUUUGGAGCACGCAUUCCCAAAACAGGAUCCGCCUACAUGUUUACCUAUGUCUCUGUGGGAGAGAUCUGGGCUUUUCUCAUUGGCUGGAAUGUGAUUCUGGAGAACAUGAUUGGUGGCGCUGCUGUGGCACGUGCCUGGAGUGGCUAUCUGGACUCUAUUUUUAACCACGCCAUCCAGAACUUCACGGAGACACACAUUAUGCAGUGGAACGUGCCCUUCCUUGCCCAUUACCCUGACCUCCUUGCAGCAGGGAUUCUAGUAGUUGCCUCGUUCUUCAUUUCCUUUGGAGUUCAAGUGUCUUCUUACCUCAACCAUAUUUUCUCUGUUAUUAGCAUGGGUGUCAUCAUUUUCAUCCUGGUCUUUGGCUUUAUACUGGCUGAACCAGCCAACUGGAGCCAGAAAGAGGGAGGUUUUGCACCUUUUGGGCUAUCUGGAAUACUGGCAGGCUCAGCCACGUGCUUCUACGCAUUUGUGGGCUUUGAUGUAAUUGCGUCUUCAAGUGAGGAGGCAAAGAACCCACAGAAAGCUGUUCCCAUUGCCACUGCGAUUUCACUUGGACUAGCAGCAACAGCUUACAUCUUGGUCUCCACAGUGCUCACACUAAUGGUACCCUGGCACACACUGGACCCCAACUCAGCUCUGGCAGAUGCUUUCUUCCGCCGUGGUUACAGUUGGGCUGGAAUUGUUGUGGCAGUAGGUUCCAUCUGUGCCAUGAACACUGUGCUGCUCUGUAAUCUCUUCUCCCUCCCUCGGAUUGUGUAUGCCAUGGCAGAGGAUGGGUUGUUCUUCUCCAUUUUCGCACGGGUCAAUCCCGUCACCAAAGUCCCUGUCAAUGCUAUAUUGGUGUUUGGAAUUCUCAUGGCCACCAUGGCUCUCAUCUUUGACCUAGAGGCCUUGGUUCAGUUCUUGUCCAUCGGCACACUCCUGGCGUACACCUUUGUGGCAGCGAGUGUUAUUGUGCUGCGCUUCCAGCCUGAUAAAACCAGCUGCAAGGCAAGCACUUCCACAUCUCCCAACCCUAAUGCUGAGUCUUCUCCUGCCCCCUCGGAGUCUCAGACCAUAACUGAGGACAGCGGGGAGCUGAAGCAGUACGAGUCUUUCUCUGAUAAACUCCAGUUGGUGGAAAGGCAGAAGACAAGAGAGCGGCGUGGGGUGGGGCAGCUGAAGGCCUACUGGGAACCGUACCUGGGCAGGCUGCUGGGGGACUGUGAGCCGGGCGAGGUGGUGGCCUUCUGCGUGCUGACUCUGAUAGUGAGCUCAGUCUCCCUCUGUGUUGUACUAGAAUUUGGAAACAAACAGCUGCAGCUGCCAGUCUGGAGCAUCACAGUGCUGCUGGUGAUUUUUAUCUUAGCUUAUGUUCUCAGCCUGGCACUCAUAUGGAUUCACGAGCCACAAACCAACAGCAAAACAUUCCAGGUACCAUUGGUUCCAUUGACUCCAGGUGCCAGUAUCCUCAUUAAUGUAUUCCUCAUGAUGAAGCUCAGCCCUCUAACCUGGAUUCGAUUCACCGUAUGGAUCGCCAUAGGUCUCUUUGUGUAUUUUGGCUAUGGGAUCUGGCACAGUAAGGAGGGCAUGCGGGAGCUGCAGCCCAAAGACAUGGCUGCCCGGUACGUGGUGCUACCCAGCGGCAGCCUGGUAGAGACGGUGCAGUCGGUCCAGCCCGAUGGACAAGUGGACUCCUCAGCGCACCACAUCAACCCCUCCACUGCCUCGACAGCUGAGGAGUACGCAGGAAAGAGAUGAUGUGUGACCAAACAUAGUCAUUACCACUGCCUGGUAUUAUCUGUCUCCCCCUCAUACGCUGUACUAUUACUUGUUUACUCUCUGUAUCUCACUCUCUUUAGCGUGUGACCGGCCUGCCACAGUCUGUACUCGUUGCUCUGCAAAUGUAAGCACACCACAGGAUGGGAUGCACGCUCUCUGUCUCGUUGUGAAGCAUAUUUGUAUAUCUUGUAAUACUCAAAUGUACAGUAGAGAGCUUUAUUACUGUCCUGUAAACUCCGAGCAUCACAGUUGUGUUAUAUCCUUUAAGACCAGCUCUUUUCUUGCAACCUUGCCAGUUUGUCAAACACCCCGUGGUUAUAGAUUAUAUUCGGUGCUUUCUUUGUGACAAACUGUACUUUUAGUUAGGUACACAAAGUGGAUGAUAUUUUAAAAUGUUAACACAGACCUGGAGCUGGAAAAUCAACAUUUUUGGGAGAUAGUAAGCAUUCAUUAGUUGCAUGUUGUUGUUUUUUUAGUAAAGCAGAGGAAUGUACAGACUUUUGUGAGUUUAUGUUUUUGCCUUUUUCUCACAUUCUUCUCCCCAAAGCGUCAGGAGAAACUACAGUCUCUAAUAAUUUGGAUCCUCCUAGUCCAUCUCGUCCUUUUGGUACUCAUAGACUGCCCUAAGUAUAGUGGUUGGUAUUUAUUUUUCUAUUAUUACUAUUGAUAUUUAGUUUUUAUACAGAUCUCAUUAGUUUCAUUUUUUUUCUGAGUUUCCUGUUUCUGCCACUGUGUUAUAUAUGUUUUGCAUGUACUUCUGUAAGUCUCCAUCAGUAAUUUGUGUUCACCUUUUAAAUAACUGAACAACACUUCAGUGCUUCACUUAAUCUCCUAAAUCUCAUCCCAUGACCCUGUUCUUUUUUGUGUCACUGAUCUUACACUUGUGCAGUAUUUUCUCACGCACAUUUAGACAGCAUCCCUCUCCCUCUUUUUCCCCGUUGGCAUGAGAUUAGAAAUCAAAGCACAUAGAUUAUUGAUCUUUUAUUUUAUCGUCAUAUGAUUUUUUUUAGAUAACCUGAGAGAUAAUUAGAUAAUUGGAUAUAUAAAGCAAGCACAAACUUUUUGAAUGGGGAAUCUUCACACACAGGGUAGAAUAUUGGCAGGCAGGCAGACAUUGGUCAUUAUGUUAAACGUGGAAUGUGCCUCAUCUCUCUGAGGCCUCCGUAAUCCCAGCAGAUUUGCAGCAGUCCCUGUCGCCAGUCCGCAGCUGACCUAGAUUAGAUAAAGGCACACAUGUGAGAACACUCAUAUUAUACAGAUAACAUUCCCACAGCCUAACAGCCUACACUCGUAAACAACAGUGUCAAUAAGUGAACAUGAGGCUUUAUUUUUUAUUACAUAGGUAAAUGUACUUAAAAAGAUCCCAAUGAAUUCUAUGUUUGUGUUUGCAUGUGUUACAUAAGAAACCAAUGGCCUUAAACAUGUUGUAAUCAAUGCAGACUGAAUUCCAAAGUUAAAGUAAUCAGUCUUAAUGAUUUAGUUGUUUAAUCUAUUUUGUCUGUUAUAAAAUGAUGUAAAAACUCUUAACACAGGACUUCAUGCUUUCUCAUUAUUGAACCAAAACACAAACAUGGAAGAGAAUGUACACUAGGAGGCAUUUUGGCAUCAUUUCAAAAAGGAGUCAAGUUCAAGAGAAUUUUGUACAAGUUUGCACACUGAAAACUAUUGUCUGGUGAUUUUGUGUCACAGUUUUGCUUUUGAUGUCGGGGCCAGUGACAGAUAUUGAUACUGCGGUGCUUUAUUUAAGUUGAUGGUUCGCUCACCUUUUUCACUGUCUUUUUUUUUUGUGUGCCAGGAAGCACAGUUACUUAUCCAAUUAUUUUCUUACUUCUGAAUAGUAUUGUACUCUACUUGCACAUUAAGUUCUCCAAUCUUUCUGUUAUAGUGUAUGUCUGUAUAAAAUGCAAAAGACUGUGUUAUCAAUGAAAAAUAAAUGUUUUGAAGCAGCA